CAACAACCUACACCUACACCUACACUCCUGAUCCAUCAUCCAUCCACCAAACAUCCCGCUACUGAAAGUGACCAGCGAUCAUGUCUGCAAUCACCUACCUCCGCACCGCCAGCAGGGCAUGUGCUCUACGAUCGAGCACUGCACCAAGAACAGCCCAAAUUGCACGACCUUUUAGCUCAACGACGGCCGUACGAGCGACAAAAAUGACAGACAACCCCAAGUCCGACAUGGGAAGCGAGAAGCAUGAUAAGAAGCAUGUACUGGAGAAAGGGCCCGAUCCAAAUGUGCAGUCCGAAAACUCAAAGGCCGGAAGAAGUGCACGUGCAAGCGACACGGGAGGAACAGCUACACAACAAAAGGAUGGUGGAGCCAAAGCGAAAGCGAAAAAGGACUUUCCUGAAGCUCCCGACCAGAUUGGCUUUGAGGACGAGAGAGGAGGCAAAGCAUAGAAAGAUAGAAUCGAUGGUUGUCACUACAUCACGAGUAUACAACUCAUCAUUCAAGCAGAGCAUCUGACCUUGAAGACGCCGGCCUUGAUUGAACCUCAGUAGUCCACAGAAUACUGUUCACUUCUUACAUCAGCUCUUUCUUGCGCAUGGCAGGCGCUUACUUGGAGACGUCCGCAUGGAAUUCGUGGGCCUCGUUCCUUCACACGGGGAUGGUAGACCUGGCGUUAAGCCGAAGCCGUCUG